AUGCGUCUGUCCGCGCAAAGUAAGCCUGCCACUCUCGCCAUCCCUGAGGCAGCUGCUCGUCCCGAGUUACCAGCAUACCAGGACGGAGAGGAUAUAGCUACCUAUCUCACUCGCUUUGAGAGAGUUGCGGAACUGUUACAGCUCGACCAGGAUACGUAUACUUCGAUCCUCGGCCAAACCUGCUCCCCGACCCUUGAAGCCCACGUCGAAGACGUCACCACCAGCUCGCACGUCAUCCACACCGACUACUUCCUCCAACAUCAAGUGUCAUGGCUGUGUUGUCCCUACUUUGAAGGCUGGACUGACUUAGUCCGGGCUCCCAUCAAGUUUGCCAGCGUCUUGAUUGGCGAUGUCCCUGGGGUACGGGUCCCUAAGGAGCCAUACCCUGCCUUCGACUACGGUCCUCGGCCUCCUGCUUCUGAACCAGUUAUACCUUCCUCAUCUUCCAACGUUAUUACACCUCCUGCCCAGAGCUUUGCCAAUGACAGGACAGGAUUCUCGCCCUUCGAGCUGCUCUAUGGUCGCAGCGUCCGUGGUCCUCUCUCAGUGUUGCGCGACCUUUGGGAGGACAAGACCCUUCAACAGGAAGAACGGACCAGCUUCCAGUACGUUCUGGAGCUACGCGAUAAAUUGGAGGAAUGUAGCAAGAUCGCCGCCCAGAACGCUGAAGUCAGCCGCCGCCUCUACAAGACUUAUUUUGACCUAAAGUCUCAAGGACCUAAAGUCUUCCACGUCAACAUCCUGAAAAGUUGCCACCCUAGAAGCACUCUCGGCGCCUGGGAAAGAUGGACCCGCAGUUUCGAAGUUUUUCAGCUCCCGACGACACAGAGUUCCUUAGAGGUCCCCGCUACUAGAAAGCUUCAGGUAGGAGAAUCCCUCGCUUGGGACCAGAACGCCAACAUUGAAGAUCUCCUCCGAGAAUUUGCUGAUGUCUUUUCAGAUGUUCCAGGUCACUGCACUACCCUAGAACACGACAUCACUCUCACCACGACCGACCGAGUCCAAACCAAGGUUUAUCCCGUCCCCGUUCAUCUUCAGCCAUCUUUCAGACAAGAAGUCGAGACUCUCUUCCAGCAAGGAAUCAUCCAACGCUCAUCCUCUCCUCACUGUUCUCCUGUUGUGAUGGUAAGGAAACCAGACAAUUCCUACAGAAUGGCUAUUGACUAUCGCCAAUUAAAUUCCAUCACAGUUUUUCAUGCUGAACCCACCUGCAACAUUACCGAGGAUUUGCAUAAAUUCUCAGGAUCCAAGUAUUUCAGCGAGUUGGAUCUGUGCAAGUCGUAUUACCAGGUACCUCUCACAGACAACGCCAAAUCUCUCGCAGCUUUUCCAACCCACCUAGGAUUGAUGGAGUUUCGCCGCAUGCCCUUCGGUCUCUCUACUGCCUGUGCUACCUACAUACGCCUCAUGCGCAUUAUGCUUGGUGGGAUCUCUAACGUCUCCUUCUACUUCGAUAAUAUUUUUGUUUAUUCAAAGGACUGGUCCACGCAUCUAGAAGCUCUUCGAGGAGUCUUGGAACGGUUGAGGGAACAUCGUCUCACCGUCAAACCAUCCAAGUGUCGUUUCGGAGUCUCCUCCAUUCGUUACCUUGGAUUCAUCGUCGACGGGACGUAUCUUCAACCUCAGCAUGACAAGACCGAUGCCAUCACCAUCAUGCUACCACCUACCACCAAGAAACUUCCCAAAGCCUUCCGUGGGCUUGUGUCAUUUUACCUCAUGUUUAUCCCGCAGGCAGCUGAAUACACCGGCCCUUUGUCAGACUUGCUCAAGAAGAAUGUUCCCGAACCGUUGGCUUGGAGUGAAGACUUGUUGGUGCGGUUCAAACACCUCAAGGAUAAGUUGGUCUCGCCACCAGUGUUUCGUCUGCCGAACCCGGAUCUGAUCUUCGUUCUGAGGACCGAUGCCUCCAGCCGCGGGAUUGGAGCAGUCCUUCUGCAGUACUACAGCGACUGUCCACAUCCCGUCGCCUAUGCCAGUCGGAAGUUACUCGACCGUGAAACAAGCAGAUUCUUGUUCGGGGGGCCACCCUUGACUUGUGAUGACAUUCUAAGCAUCUUAGAAGAGGAGGAUGUACCUGCUGCAGUGUAUAUAGAACCAAAUAAUGACAUCUUUACUGACGAAGAUUCUGCAGAAGAUGAGGGUGGGCUCAUAUACAAUAUCUCAGGUAAACAACUGAAUGCUUUAGCUGAGGCAGUAUUUACGGAUGGACGGCACACUACAGAUGAUGGUAAAGGCUAUGAAGAAGAUAAAGGUGAUGACCGAGAUAAAAGCAAUGAUGAGCAUGGUACUGCUCCUCGUUGCAUUUCAGGAUACAAGAAGCCUAAAUGGUCUCGGGGCACUAUUCAGACAACAUUAGAUUGCAUCUUUCCAGAGGCAAAUUAUGCAAGGUACUAAGAUUUUUCCCCUGUUGAGCUUUUUGAACUUUUCUUCGAUGAAGAAAUAUGGAGUCUGAUAGUUAAUCAGUCCAUUGUCUAUGCUAACUUCAAGGGAGAAGUUUCGUUUACAGUAACGAAAGAAGAGCUAAAAGUAUUCCUAGGAAUUCUUGUGGUAUCUGGCAUAGUUCCAGUUCCUUCACGAAGAUCGUUUUGGAGAAAUUCACCUUUAACUAGGAAUGAAACUGUGUUUAAUGCUAUGAACAGGAACAGUCCCCAAAAUGAAGAAGCAAAAGAGAGGAAGCAGUGA